AUGGUGAAUCUGAACUGUGUCAUACUUGGGGAUGGAGAGCCUUUUCCAGUGAGAGUAGAUGGAGGAAACACACUGUAUGCGUUGAAAGUGGCGAUCACGAGGAAGAAGACCGACACGGUCCUUUGUGAGGCCUACAAGAUGAAGCUUUUCCUGGGGAAGCAGGACGACGGAAAAUGGCUGGACGCAGCUGGCGCAGCAACUCUGAUGCUCCACCGCAAUGGCUCCCCACGAGGCUUCAAGCAAAUGGAUAACCAAUUGCUGACGAUCAAUGAUACUAGCUACUUUGGGGCGGGCUUUGAGCCGGAGGAAGGAGACGUUCACGUGUUGGUGGUGCUUCCA